CAUCGUCAUCAGAACAGGAGCGAGGCAGACAUGUGACAUUUAGCACAGAAAUGUACAAGAGGCACAUACCGUUUCAUGCUACACACAGAUAACAACACACCACUACCGGACCCAGUUUAUAGCCUACUCGUUAACCGUUGGAAUCUCCACCGAGCGAUCCGUCCAUGCGAAGCCUAGUCUUGCUUCUAGUUCCGUGUGUUGUCGCGGUAGUGGUGCACUUCUGGUUGUGGACAAACAGAGCGACCAUCUCGUUGGAGAAAGAUUAUGACGAGGACUCGGCAGCAUCUCCCUGUGGUGAGGUGCUGGUGGGGGUGUUGUCUGCCAGACAUCACUAUGAUCUCAGACAGGCUAUAAGACAGACGUGGUUGGGAUACCUCCGGGACCAGACGCACUACCGACACAGGGUGCAGGUGAAGUUUAUCAUUGGGGAACAUGGCUGUCCCAUUCCAGAAGAGGACAGAGAGGAUCCCUAUGCAUGCUCCCUCAUGAACUUCACAGACCCAGCUCCAGGGCAGGAUAAGGAGAUGGCGCUGGUGGAGGUGUCUGAUCCGUCUGCCCUUGUCCCUGGGGAGGUCUCCUCUGUGGCCUUGGACUUCAAGGUCCUCCACCCCCUAGUCAUCACCAGGUUUGGGGUGUUCCCUACGGGACCUCACAUGGAGAUAGAGGGGAAUGUCACUGUCAGGCUGCUGCAGCUGGAACAACAGGAGGCAGUGGUGACAGCCUGCUUCAGCCCGGUCAGUCCUGGAACAAGUCAGAACGGCGUGUGGUACAAACCAGUGGAGUGGUUCAUUCUGCCCAAGGGCUUUGAGGGGACUCUGGUCUGGGAGAGUCCUGACGUAGCUGGUCUGACUACGGUCAACACAUCCCGGGUGACGCUGAACAACGGCGGAGGAGUCCUCAAGUUUUCCUCUAUUGAGGAGGGGACGUUGCCUCACAGGAGUGCUCUGAGCUUCCCAGGAUUGGCUGGAGGGUUCACCUUCAAAAUCCAUAACGUGGCCUCCCUGUGGGAGGUGCUGCAUGGCCGCCAGGGGCGGCUCCAGAGCCAUGGUGCCAGCCUGCAGAUGGAGGACAGGUCUCUGGAGCAGGAGGCUCUGCGAUAUGGAGACAUAGUGUUUGUGGAUGUAGUAGAUACAUACAGGAACGUGCCUUCUAAACUACUGCAGUUCUAUAAGUGGUCGGUGGGAAACGCUGCGUUUGAUCUGCUCCUGAAGACGGAUGAUGAUUGUUAUAUUGACGUGGACAAGGUUUUAACGAAGAUCGACCACAAGGGCUUGAAGCGACGCAACUUCUGGUGGGGGAAUUUCCGUCAGAGUUGGGCGGUGGACCGCAUUGGGAAGUGGCAGGAGCUAGAAUACGCCAGUCCCGCCUACCCGGCCUUCGCCUGCGGCUCGGGGUACGUGGCCUCCAGGGACCUCGUCCAAUGGCUGGCCAGCAAUGCAGAGCAACUCAAGGCCUACCAGGGGGAAGAUGUGAGCAUGGGGAUCUGGAUGGCUGCUGUUGGACCACAGAAAUACCAGGAUGCAGGCUGGCUGUGUGAAAAGGAGUGUUACCAGGACAUGCUGUCGUCACCCCAACACUCCCCCGAGGAGCUCCGCUCGCUCUGGGCUCGGAAGAGGGCCUGUGGGGACCCCUGUGGAUGUCCCUGGGGACACAGCUAACGUUAGCUAACAGUCUGGGGACACAGCUAACGUUAGCUAACAGUCUGGGGACGGGUUUGUUGGCUAACAGUCUGGGGACGGGUUUGUUGGCUAACAGUCUGGGGACGGGUUUGUUGGCUAACAGUCUGGGGACGGGUUUGUUGGCUAACAGUCUGGGGACGGGUUUGUUGGCUAACAGUCUGGGGACGGGUUUGUUGGCUAACAGUCUGGGGACGGGUUUGUUGGCUAACAGUCUGGGGACGGGUUUGUUGGCUAACAGUCUGGGGACGGGUUUGUUGGCUAACAGUCUGGGGACGGGUUUGUUGGCUAACAGUCUGGGGACGGGGUUGUUGGCUAACAGUCUGGGGACGGGGUUGUUGGCUAACAGUCUGGGGACGGGUUUGUUGGCUAACAGUCUGGGGACGGGUUUGUUGGCUAACAGUCUGGGGACGGGUUUGUUGGCUAACAGUCUGGGGACGGGUUUGUUGGCUAACAGUCUGGGGACGGGUUUGUUGGCUAACAGUCUGGGGAAGGUAGUAACCUGUUCACUGCAAAUGAGCCUUGUUGAAACACAACUCUAUAGGUAUCAUCGUCUCAGUAGGAUUGCUGAUCUAGGAACAGGUCCCUCCUGUCCAUGUUAACUUAGUAAUUAUGAUCUUAAACGCUUAACUGAUCCUAGACCAGCACUCUUGAGACGCUCGACACAUACAGCCCUGGGUCUCUACAGUGUACAAAACAUUAGGAACACCUUCCUAAUAUUGAGUUGCACCUGUUCAAAGGCACUUAAAUAUGUUUUCUUGCCCCCUUUACCCUCUGAAUGGCACACAUACACAAUCCAUGUCUCAAAUCUCAAGGCUUAAAAAUUCUUCUUUAACCCGUCUCCUCUCCUUCAUCUACACUGAUUGAAGUGGACUUAACAAGUGACAUCAUAGCUUUCACCUGGAUUCACCUGGCUAGUUUGUCGUGGAAAGAGCAGCUGUUCCUAAUGUUUUGUACACUGCGUACACCUAAUGGUUUGUACAAUAUUUUAACGCUGAGGACUACAGUGAUUUGACCGGGACAAUGGAUACCGGUUUCUGAACAGUGACAUUUCCUGUCAAAUGGCAAGAUGGCGGCGUAACCAAAUGUAAAGUGCUGAAUCACGUGGGUGAGACGUGGAUGACCAUGCUACGGUUCAUUCCACUGGUGUUUAUUUAGUAAAUUAUUCUCCCAAGCUACUCAUCGUCAAGCCUCAUCAGUAUUUGUAGAUUUCAAACCAACACAGUUUGUCCCACAUGACCCCCUAUGUUACCAUCUAGUGCACUAGUUUAGACGUAUUUGGGAUGCGGUCAGAGGUUGUGAAACGAAGUACAGUACAAUACCAACCCAUUGUAUUGUCAGGCACCACAUAAAUCUUUCUUUGGAUUACAGUUGUUGGUAUCUACACCUUUUUAUUCACCUGAGAAUGAUAUCAAUGAAUUUGUUCAACACAUUUUUUUUGUAGAUAUGUAUUGUAUUGAACAGUCCCAAAUGGCACACCAUUUACCUAGCUAGUGCACUACUUUUGACCAGAACCUUACUUAAUAGAGGGAAUAUGGUUUGGGACAGCGAUACAGGAAGCACGUGAUCAAUUGAGCACAUUCCAGAUUGGUCAAUAAAAAAAACAUCACCUCUCUGAAACAA